UGUACAUAAUAUCAAUAGAAGAAGAUAUACCGGAAAUACUUACUCCCGUUGGUUGUGUAUAAGAAAUAAAUAUAGCGCUUCACGAAAUAUUCGGGUGAUUAUUGAUAUACAAGAAGAUGGGCACUAGAGAUGACGAAUAUGAUUAUUUGUUUAAAGUCGUCUUGAUUGGUGAUUCGGGUGUAGGCAAGAGUAACCUGCUUUCCCGUUUUACCCGCAAUGAGUUCAACCUCGAGAGCAAGAGCACAAUCGGGGUAGAAUUUGCCACACGCAGCAUUCAGGUGGAUGGGAAAACUGUAAAGGCACAGAUCUGGGACACAGCUGGCCAAGAGCGCUAUCGUGCCAUCACAUCUGCGUACUACCGGGGGGCGGUGGGGGCGCUCCUGGUGUACGACAUCGCCAAGCACCUGACCUACGAGAACGUGGAGCGCUGGCUGAAGGAGCUGCGCGACCACGCGGACAGCAACAUCGUCAUCAUGCUGGUGGGCAACAAGAGUGACCUGCGCCACCUGCGGGCCGUGCCCACCGACGAGGCACGGGCAUUUGCCGAGAAAAACGGUUUAUCCUUCCUGGAGACGUCGGCUUUGGAUUCCACUAAUGUGGAAACUGCAUUCCAGACUAUUCUCACAGAGAUCUACCGUAUAGUGUCCCAGAAGCAGAUGUCGGAACGCCAGGAGAGUGACAUGUCGCCCAGCAACAAUGUGGUCAACAUCCAGGUGCAGCCCACGGAGAACAAACCAAAGAUGCAGUGCUGUCAAAACAUCUAGCCCAAACCCCCCUAGCUACUCCCUCCACCUCUCCCUCCCCCUGUCCUCCUCUGAACCUCCCUUACGUCCACAUAUUUCCACAAUCCUCCUCCUCCUCCUUUAACAGCCUCUUGCCUUGCUGCACUCUGUGGUGUAGAAGUAAAGGGAUUGGUAGUUUGUACGCUGGAACCCCCUGAUUUUUGCACUGCCCCCCUCACCCUCAACCCUGGUCCCUAUUCCCCUACCCACAUCAAACCUCCACUGAUGCCAGUCAUGGAAGCUACUGUGUGGGCAGGGCUCUUAUACCCCUCCUCUCCCUCCUUGCCCUUCCCUUUCUACCCCUCCACGGCCUCUUCUUCUUUAUCUGGGAAAUGCUAGAUGAAAGGCAGCAGGCAUUUCUUAUCACUUAGAAUUUCAUUACUGUAGAUGCGCUGACAUGUCACGGAAAUUUGUUAAUAUAUGAAUGUGAUUCUUUCUUCCUUUUCUUCAACCACUGUUUUUUUUCCAUUUUAGUGAUCUCAUUGAUUUUCUAACGAUCUCUUUGUUAAUUGUAUGUCCUUAAUUUACUAACGGGUAGAUAUGAAAUUGAAGCACAUUGAAGCUGCUCUGAUGUGUGUUGUGUAGAGCCACCGUCCGCCUCCUGUCAUUUUCAAACUAGCUUAGUGCAAUAUACUGUUUUGGAAACCAAUUGGAUGUAUGGGGCACAGUGUAGACGUAGGUGCUCCUGCGAUAGUUCCGUAUGAUCGCUCUGAUUGCUGUGAAUAUAAUGCUAGCAACAUAGAACAUGACCUUUUUACAUCAGCUGAGCUGCAAGUGGCCCUAGCAUAAAGGCCAGAUGUAAACUAGCAUGUAGCCGCUUUGUAGAUGUCGUGCCAGGUUAGGAGAUCCGGUCAGCUUUGCAUGUUUGUACAGAUGCCAGGCCCGUGUUGGACUGAACGGGGAACACUACUGUUGAGUCGAGGCGUUGACCAUGCAGAUAGAAAAUAGAAAGGACUCCUCCUGCACAUUGGACCAUUCAUUGAAAUAACUCUCACUUCCAUACAUAGUUUACUGAAAUACAUUACUUUAACAGUUGAUGUGGGUUUAAAGCAACAUUGCUAUGAAAACAGAUUGUUGCUCAUUUUAAGGAUACAUCGUCAUAAUUAUUACGCAUAAGCUAUAUUUAACCGCAAACAUAAAGAGUAUUAUGUCUAUGCAGCAGAUGUUUGGAAUUAAAAAAUGGUGUGUUCAUAAAGCCACAAUUUCACAACAUGACAAAAUGCAAUUAGGCAUUCAGUGUUUUCACCACACCUUUAGUUCAACGGCAGAAGAAAAAAAGCUAAUGAAGCUGGCCACUUAGACAUAUGAUUCCAAUUUUUUUUUCUAAAUUAUACCUGGGCGCCUGUACCAUUUCUUUAUUUGGUUUAAUUUAUUGUUUAAAGAGAGAUCAUUCAUGAACAGCUUCAAAAGUACAACAUACAACUGACACAGUUCCACUUCUGGUAUGUUAAACACAGCACUGAUUGUACCUCUAUUUAGAGGACACAUCGCUACUUCUCUGACUUCUGACAUUAGUCACAAAAUAUACAUUCUCCUAUCAUCCGUCAUAUCUUCUCACAUCUGUUAGCUGUUAUGACAGUUAUCAUGUACUUGUGUUGUCUAUUGAGCUCUACCAGGGAGCUUGUUAGUGUCCCUUCACAGUGCCUACUCACAGGUCUUAAAAAUGACACCUGCUAACAAUGCAUCCUCCUUAUGCUCACUAUUUCCUUAAGUUUGCUGUGACAAAGCAUUUGCCUCGGACCAUGUGGCCAUAAAAAGGCUAAAGAGUGGUUGUCCUGUGUUACUUUUCACAGUAAGGCUAUUAGUCACCGAGCUGCCUCUGACACAAUGCAUGGCUUUCUGAAUAAGACCCCCCCCCCACACCAUAUUUCAUAAUGCCUUAUUAUACUUAACAAUGUCAAUGAUGUGUCCCUGCUAUCUGGUUAGGGUUGACUAGCUGGUAACACAUGAGCACAAUAGUCCUAGCAGGCAGUUAAUUAUUCGGACCUUAUGACUUCCAGUUCUUGAGCCAUGACGGAAGCCUUGCUUACCAACUAGUUGAUAUUCAGAGUGUUAUCAAAGUUGAACUUGCCUGCGUUAUAUCCGUUUAGGAGCAGAAGUAAGAUAGUUAUCUUGUGUGUGGGAGCCUGGAUGGCAAGUCAAAUGUUUUUCUCCUUUGCUUCCAUUAUUUUCAAUGUUUUAAAGAAGGUCCCCUCGCCAGCCCGAUUCCCUCCUGACAUACUCGCGAUCCAUGCUUGAGCAUUGACUGUUUACUUAUGAAAAAUGAUUUACAAUCUUUCCAAUAUACCUCCAUUGUUUUCGUUUUUUUUUAAAGAAAUGUGUUCUAUUCUCUCAUUUGAAAAGUAACUGUGUUGAAAUGUGCCGUCACGGCUGACUAAGUGGGAAUGUACACAAGUUUAGUAAUUUCAAUGAAUUCGGCAGGUUUAAAUGCAAGAGGAGUGGUGUUUACAUGAAUGAUGUUGUUUUGUAAAGAUUUAUUAAAUUGUGUCUAUAUCUUAA